UAUCUUUGGUCGUGCACAUACAAUUAACUGACAAGUGCGCGACUACCAACAGAAAAGGGAUGAUGACUACGACGGCAACGGCGACGACCAUAGAAGGCGUGGUGUUCAGAUUGCCCUAUCUGAGAACAGGGACUCGGAACCCUAAUUUCUCCCCUCGGAGCUCAGCUUCUGCGCGAGGGUUCUGCGCUUCGUCGUUUGCUUCCUCGGCAGCUGCCCCUUCUCCGGUGACUGACGUACUGAAAUCCGAACGCUCCUCUCUUGGACACAUCACCCGCCCCGACUUUCCUAUCCUCCAUCAGGAGGUGAAUGGCUCCAAGCUUGUGUAUUUAGACAACGCAGCUACUUCACAAAAGCCAAAAGAGGUUGUGAAGGCAUUGCAGACAUAUUAUGAAACUUACAAUUCCAAUGUCCACCGUGGGAUUCAUUACUUAAGUGCAAAGGCAACAGACGAGUACGAGCUAGCAAGACAAAAGGUGGCAAAAUUCAUCAAUGCAUCUGAGUCUAAAGAGAUCGUGUUCACAAGAAACGCUACUGAAGCUAUUAACUUAGUGGCUUACUCCUGGGGGCUCUCAAAUUUAAAACCAGGAGAUGAGAUCAUUGUUACUAUAGCUGAGCAUCACAGUGCAAUAGUACCUUGGCAAUUGAUUGCUCAGAAGACGGGUGCUAUCCUAAAAUUUGUGAAUUUGACCAAGGAUGAAGUUCCAGAUGUAAUGGAGUUGAAAGAAAUGCUCUCAAAGAAGACAAAACUUCUUUGUGUCCAUCAUGUCUCAAAUAUGCUAGCUUCUUUGCUUCCAAUUGAAGAAAUUAUAAGUUGGUCACAUGCCAUUGGAGCAAAAGUACUAGUAGAUGCUUGCCAAAGUGUGCCACACAUGGUAGUUGAUGUUAAGAACCUUGAUGCUGAUUUUCUUGUUGCUUCAUCCCAUAAGAUGUGCGGGCCCACAGGCAUUGGAUUCUUAUAUGGCAAAAGUGAGCUCCUAAGUACUAUGCCUCCAUUCAUGGGAGGAGGUGAAAUGAUAGCUGAUGUGUAUAUGGAUCAUUCAACUUAUGCUGAUCCGCCUUCCAGAUUUGAGGCGGGGACACCUGCAAUUGGAGAAGCUAUUGGGCUUGGAGCAGCCAUUGACUAUCUGUCUGGGAUAGGCAUGCAAAGAAUUCAUGAUUAUGAGGUGGAGCUCGGUCGUUAUCUAUUUGACAGCCUCUCUUUGGUACCCAAUGCCCGUAUCUAUGGUCCUGCACCUUCACAAACUGCAAAACGGGCGUCACUUUGUUCUUUUAACAUCAAGGAUGUUCACCCUACAGAUAUUGCAACUUUCAUUGACCAACAGCACGGCGUUGCCAUCAGAUCUGGUCAUCACUGUGCUCAGCCUUUGCAUAGGUACUUGGGAAUCAGUGCAAGUGCACGUGCUAGCCUUCAUUUCUACAACACCAAAGAGGAUAUUGAUCACUUCAUCUGUGCAUUAAAAGACACAGUAGCCUUCUUCACUUCUUUCAAAUAGCAGCUUUUCCUUGCAUGGUUGACAUUGCGCAAGGUGCCGUCCACAACAAUGAUUUGUUGGUUUUUAAAGCGUGGCCACAACCUCCAAAUAUUUUGUGUAUAGGGACAAUAAGGUUCUUAGUGUUUAUUCAUUUACAAAUCGUUGAAAUGUUUUUCCUCAUUUUCUAAUUUAAUUAACGAAAAUGAAAACUUCAAUUAUUAUUUCAAAUAGAACAGUGCGAUUAUAAGUAAUUGUUGUUUGCUUUCAGUGCCCCCAACUAUACUUGUAUAGUUGUAUUCAUAUAAUCAUAUGCCCUUAUUCUCUCGGAUAACCUUAUCCACUUGUGUGUGUA